UUCAACUUUGCAUCCGUAGAGCUCGCUAGUUUCGUAAAAUCUGUAAAAUUACGCAUGUUUUUUUUUUGUAAAAAUGUAAGGUUUGCGACAGCCGUCUAGUAGGCUAACAGAACAAGUCUGAAUAAUGGUAUCUAUAAUAAAAAAUCAACUUUUGAAGCACUUAUCAAGAUUCACCAAAAACUUAUCAGCAGACAAAAUCAAUCUCAGCACAUUCAAAGGUGAAGGUGAGCUGUCUAACUUGGAACUUGAUGAAAUUGUGCUAACAGAAUUGCUAGAGUUACCAUCAUGGUUAAGGCUCACUAAUGCAUGGUGCAACCGCGUGUCUUUCCGUAUUCAGUGGACCAAGCUGAAAAGUGUACCAAUAUUUCUGAGUUUGGAUGAAGUCCACAUACAAGUAGAGACAUGUGAAGAGCUGCGUUCAAUGUCUACACAGCAAGGUCUGUCAUCGUAUGGCGGCAAUGCAAAGUAUAGUUUUAUCAACAAGGUGAUAGAUGGCAUGACUGUUUCUGUCAAUACUGUACAGGUUACCUUCAAGAGUCCAGCAUUCAUAGCCUCAGUUCAGAUGCAACGCAUUAUGGUAGAAUCCAAGUCACCGUCCUGGCAACGCUGUGAUUUACGAAUGACAAGGUUAAAGGAGCCAGAUCGUGGUCAGUUAUUAAUAUUCAAGGAACUGGAAUGGCAGACAGUUAGGAUUGAAGCUAAGUCUACAAAGGAUGCGGAUCUUACUCCACUUCGAUUGCUUACCAACCAGGCUCGAUGCAGAAUUACCAUUAAGAAGAGAAUAGCAGAUUGUUUCAUCAUGGGUUCACGCUUGGUAUUGAUCUUAGAUGAUCUGUUGUGGGUAUUGACAGACUCACAGCUGAAGGCAGCUCUUCACUUCCUUCAUUCUUUGACUGGGCUUGUGCAGAAAGCAACGGAGUUAACAAGGAUAAAGAAAGCGGCUAGAAAAUUAGAGGUAUUACCUGAAUACCAAGCUCAGGUCUCUCAGCAAACCCAAGGCAAAGAGCCGAAAAGUGCUAUAUCUCGUAUCUUCAGCAGGUAUGAUGUUGUUGAGACUUCCUACCACUUUCUAUGUCAGCGUAUAGAUCUUCACUUGUGUGAUGAUCCUGGAGAUGGGAGGUCAGUUCAUCCCGACUUGAAAGAUGGAGGUGCCCUUCAAAUUAGCUUGCAGCAUUUUCAGGUGGAUUAUUACCCCUAUCAUCUAGCUAUUGGGCAUCGAAAGCACUGGCCCAAAUAUCGGGAAGGGGCAUCUCCCCAUUCACAGUGGUUGGAUCAGGCAUUAGCUGCGUUUCGUAACAGUUUUUUGGAUUUAAUUGAUCAGGGCCGAAUACAGCAUACACCGCUUGUACGCACUCAGGUUGCUCAGCAAGGUCCUAGCAAAACUGGUGCUGCCAGUGAUGGUAAUUAUCAUCAGCAGCAUCAGCACCAGGCCCAGGAAUCACAGAGAAAGUGUCCAACAACAGCAACAACAACAACACAUGGUAGCACUGGUAACCCUGUAAAGAACUAUGUCCUCACACAAUUGGCCAAGCUGAUGACAACUUGUGUAAUACUCAGGAUACAGGAUUUUAUCCUUUACCAAGUAACCACAUCAAAACGCAAACAGAUACCAAAGGAAUUCAUAACAGCUCAACAUAAGAGGAAAACAAAGAUUGGUCCAGGUGAUCGGGACCGCUAUUCUUUGCCUGAGGACCUUCCCAUCUUGCAUGCGGAGUUCACGUACUACUACUACCCAGGCGACAUCCCAUUCCCAUUGCCUCAGCCAAAGUUCUAUGUACAAGUGAAUCCAAUUCAGAUUCACUUCGAUGUGUGUAGCUGUUUAUGGCUCAACUCCUUUGCUCUGAAUCUUCAUCAGUCACUGUUAUCCUCAAAUCCUGAGCAGCAGCAGGCAGCCGCAGCUUUAAUGUAUAUGGAUGUCAAGCUUGAAGCCAUCAUGCCUAGAGUCAUAUUUGAGAGCUCUGCAGAGCAUCCAAAUCAACGAGAUCGUCCAAAAUCUCUUCAUUUUCAAGUGUCGCGUGUCUCGGUGACUAAUGUACGCAGCAUGGAACACAGUUCCAGGGCGGAUUUAGCCAAGUGCAUAGACACAUACCAGCUGGGUUCUCUCUUCUUUGGGGCAGAUUUUCCUGCCUUACCUGAUGAUUACCAUGUGGUAACAGACAAAUUCCUGAAGCAUGUUGCGGGCACAGAUAAUGUCCGGCCGUCUCCUCCUCCACACUUCUCUGCAUCUUCUGUGUCAGAACUGGUACGCAUGUUGAGCCGUGAACUUCUGUGGACAGAAGCAAAAGAUGUGUGGUGUGUGAACUUAGAACCUGUAUGGGGGGAUUUCUUUGGGGCGUCUGCUGUUGGGAGUAAUCGCCCCGUUCCGUUCCUUGAUGCCUUUCCUCUCACAUUGUGGGUCUACGUCACAAUUUCUUCUCCACUUUCUCCUUCUAUGAACUCUAAUGCUUCUUCCCAGUUUGGUGCUGUUUCUGCUAUGAGAAAAGUUCACCCUUCCUUCCCAUCUCCACAAAACAUUCCUCCAACUCUGGCUUCUUCCAAUUCUUCCCUGAGUUACAGUGUUCAGACAGGUACUAGCAUGGGUGGUGAUAAAACUGGCAUAUACCAUGAAGGUUUGAAAACUAGUGAAAUAGGUAAUGAUGUAACCAACAGUAGAAAAUCAGAUUUUUCAUCUUUCAACCACGUUGCUUCAUGGGGCUUCCAGGAUGCUUCCAAAGUAAAUGCUAUAACACAGUCGACUUCUGAUACUUCAAGAACUUCUGCUGGGAGCCAUGUUGACUCUGAGAGAGUAAAGACUGCAGACAUUCAUGUGUUGGCCUACAUAUCAAAUCUGGUCAGCAUUCAAAUUAAUCACUAUCAGUUUCUUUUCCUAUUACGGCUAUCAGAGGAAGCUGCAGAACUGGCAACAUUCUUGGCCCUGGACUCAAAUCGCAUCUUCAAGCAAGAGCUGGGUGGUUCACUAGUCAUGGGUGCGUUAAUACCACAGUUAGAAGUGACGUUUGUAAUGCCAUCUCAGUCUCCUGGUAAGGAGUGUUCGGGUGGGGACCUGGAGUCUGUCCUGCCGGAUUCCGCGAGCAUUCCAGAGGAACUAAUGGGUAUCAGCAACAACUUGGCUGCUAGUAAUAGUAAUGUUACACAGAGCGUAGGUGGUGUUGGUGGCAAAAGAGUGGUUAUGGGAGGGGUGAAUACACCAGUGAGUGAACUUUCAUCAUUGUCAAUGGAUUUCCCGCCCCAUGAAGUUAUAUCUUCCAUCGUCACUGCCUCAACCACACCCGGUGUCAGCUGCACAAAACCAGCUGCAAAUGGGCCUAACCCUGCCACUGCCUUUCCCAACAUUAAUAUUCCUGAUAACCUAAAUGCAGGGAUAAGCUCUGUUAAAAAGGGAUUCAGUAGUCUCAUGACGUCGAUAGACUCGGCACUAAAACCGAGUCCAGAUGAUGCUAGUGACACGGUUUCUUUGAGGAGUGACGCGUCAUCAGACAGUGAGAAUUAUGUUGUUGUGAACAUGUCAGCUGGAGACUCAGGUGCAGCAGAAAGGAGUGUGUUGGAAUGUGUGGAUGCCAUGUUCCGAAUUGAUCCAAAUACUAGUCGUGGAGAGACACCACUGCCUCAGCAAUUAGAGGUUGCAAGUGAGGCAGUACCUGAGGAAGAAGAUGCAACAGCUACCACCACUACACCCAGUGAACGUUCGGUUGACAGUUCUUAUAAGAGGAGGGAUUUGGUAUCCAUGUCCACUUUCAAGCUGGGAAAGGUUGAAUUUGUACAGCAGUCCCAGGGGUUUUCGUCUGCUAUAAAGGUGCAGGUGUCAAGUCUCACCUCUGAUGAUUGUGGAGCAAUCCCUUGGGAUGAGUUUCAGAGCAAAUUUAGUUGUCGUUCCCGUGCUUGGAUGGAAGUUCCGUUGGAUGCUGCCGGCCGUCCCUGUGCUCGGAUACGACUGGACCAUACGGUGAAUCCAGGUGUGAUCCCUGACAGGACAAGCUUCAAGGAGUGGUGUAAAGAUCACAUGCAAAUUAAGAUCAGCGACUUGAGUUUGGAUCUCAAUAUGAGCACUGUGGCAGGUCUGGCUGAUCUGGUUGAGGAUGAAGUGAUUCCUCACCCGCUACCUAUGCAAAUGGUGCUUGAUAAUAUCAAACUUUGUUUAAAUGAAGAUCGUCCUUCCACCAACAUAACUUCACCGGGUCCAGUCCCUAUAAAUUUAGAGGUAUCAGAGUUGAUUGUGAACAGAGGAUCAGAUGGCGUAUUCCACAUAGAACCACCAGUGGAAGCAGUUCAGCGAACUGGAGAUGUAUCUAGUUGUGGUGGGAUUCUAAGUGAAGAUACUGUUAGACACCUAGCAGCUCUGGAACAUUCCAACAGACAGCUGCAAGCAGAGAAUGCAGAACUGAAACGGAGAUUGACUGCUUUAGAGAGAGUAUCAAAGGAGAACCACACCCUGCGUCAGUCAACGGAGGAGAGCCAGAUUUUACGAUCUUGUCUAGCGACUGCUCAAGAUGAUGUUGCUUCUCUGUUGGAAGAGAAGCGGUCACUACUAGACCGUAUGCGACACCUGCAGGAUCAAGUGGACCAAUCGCAACGCAGCAAGAGAUAGCAGAAGUGUUUCAAAUGCUGUAGUGCCAAGAGAGCAUCAUAGUAGUGGCAGUAAUACCAGCCAUUUGUUCUGUGAAAUGGUUGUUUGUUUGGAAGAAGGUUUAUUUCUGUUUAUGUUCUAUACAAACCGUGGAAAAUAGUAAUAAUACUUCAUUUCUAAAAACCUAUCAACUCCAUUUUCAUGCAGUGAUUUCAGAUAAAGUAAAAGUACUUAAAUAAUCAAUUAGUUUUUAAACAUUUGAUUAUUGUGAUGUAAAUUUAUAUUUUUGUUUUGAAUGCAUGAUAUAUAAUCUGCAUUUUCUUUGCAUAAUCGCAAUAAAGUAACUAGGAUAUGUUCAGUCACAAUAUGUUACUGGAAAUAUUUUAUGUGAUCUAUGAUUUCUUUUUGAACUUUGCCUGGUGAUAUUCACAUAGUGUGAAGUAAUAGACAAAGAAAGAUCUGUGAAAAAGAAUAAGUUGCUGCUGCUACUUUACUUCUGUUACAGUAUCAAAAGUACUUAAUUUUUUGUCAAAAACUGUUUCAUUUUGCCAUGUUGUAUGCAUGUUUGCUAGAAUUCUACUUGUCCAUUUGGAUCUUAUGUGACAGUAUUUUUCAUGUUUCUUGCAAACAGUUUAUUGUAAGAUAUUUAUGGUAUUGUCUGACACAUCUACUUCCUAUGUGGGAGGUCCAAGUUUCGGAUCUUUGUCUGGAGACUAGUUAUCCUGACUAACGUAUUUUGUGGUUUUCCUCAAUCCCACCAGGCAAAUUCCAGGAUAGUCCUUUAAAUUAGGCCAUGACAACUUCUUUCUAUAAGCUUUCUAAUAUAUUAUUCAUUAACUAUCCUAUCAUUCAAUACUCUGAGCAACUUAUGUCGUUAAAUUACUGAAAUAGAUUUUGGUCUGUUUUGGAGUUGCUAGGUUUAGUAAAUGAAGUGUUAAAGUUAAUAAUAAUAUUAUAGAUAAUUUUCCAUGGUUUUCUUUCAAGUGUUCUUUGGUAAAAUGUGAUUGCUAGAUUUAUUGCAGUACCUAUAUCUUUUUUUCCUUCUUCUUAGGUUUCUAUUAAGAUAUACUUUUCUAGCAGGGUUAUUAAAGUUUAAGAGUUUUCACCCAAAAUAUCUAGUGUAUAUUUUUGUAAUUUGUAUUAGAAGGAUUUGGAUAAUUUGAUAUUAAAUUACAGAGGAACCAUGGUGCUAAAAUCAACCCUUAAACCCUAAAACCCUUAAAAAUAAAUAAAAUCCUGUUAACUGAAAUAGAAAAGGGAAAGCAGAAAUAUAAAACUUGUAUCUGUCUAUCCAAAACUUUUAGCAUUCUAAUGAAAAUGCUAUGGAUGUUGGACAUUCAUAACAGUCCCAGUGUUUCAACUUAUAAAAUAUGUGUGUUACGUUUCCCAUUAAGUUAUUUUCGCAUUAACAGAACAGUCAGUCUUUAAUGAAUUACUGGGAAAGAAAUAAAGCUGUGGCGCAUCUACAAUAUCUUAUAAAGCUGUGGCUAUUCCGAUUUCAUUUGGGGAUCAGGCUAUAUUGCUAUUUGCCCCUUGUCGUAACUUGUUUUAUUUAGUAUGUAUUUUUAGCAGCUGUCAUCUAGGCAAGCAAAUACAUAAAUUUGGCAGAACUCAGUGUCUGUGUCUUUGCUGUUUUCUCAUAGAUAAGCUUUUCUGAAAGUGGGAAUCUUUUAAAUGAGUAGGUGAAUGAAUGUUUCUGUUGAACCUUUGAUGUAUUUAAAUUCCCACUGACUGAAGUUUUACCUGAACAGUACUAAUUAUUUAAUCAUAACUGUAAUGACUUGCUGGUAUAGGUUAUGAAAACAGUAAAGACACUGUGAACAUUUACACUUUUUUAAUGCAUAUGAAAGUGUACAUAUACAGAAAUUUACUCUAAAAAAACUUAUUUUUUCCUCAGGUAUAAUGUGAUAUAUAUAUUUUAUCUAUUGUAAUGUUCUUGAAUACUGUUUCUGUUUCUUCUCUUUUUUCGUGUUACUUAAACAUAGCAUCGCUGUAGUUAUGUAUUUUCUGUUGCUUUUUAGUUUGCCAUUGAUAAUUAGUCUACAGAAGUUAAAGUUAUGAUUGUCAAAAUGACUUGAUGUUUAGUCACAUCAGAUUUAAAAGUACUCUUUGUUGGCCUUCCAGUAUGACAUUCAGAAAUGUUUAGUGAAUCAUAUGCGUUCACUGCUACUCAUUAAGAAGAAAGGAGUUAAUUUCUUGCCACAAUUAAUUAAGAUUUACUGCACUUUUUUUUUGAUUUAUUAAACUGCACCAUGGAAAUAAUAUUGGAUUUUAUAUUUUUUUUGGGGAAUGCACAUUAUGAACUGGUGAGAGAAAGGCGCAUAUAAUAUAUGAUGUAUACUGAAAUAUGACGAGAUUUUUGUGCUAUAAAAUAUCUCGUAUCUUCAAAAAUUAUAUUCCCCCUAAUAAUUUAUGAAUAUGGACUAGUUUGGACUAUGUAAAUAUUGAUAUGUACAGCUUUGAGGAUAGUUACCAAUUUAAUCCUGAUCAGCAUUUAGUGUCAUCUAGUAAUACAAGCUAAUUACUACCUUUGUGUAUGAAUGAUGUAUUCAUAUCUCGCGUGGUGGAAAUAAGCAGUAGAUUAUGUAGCAGAAGUUGGUACCACCAUAUGGGUACUCUGCAUGUAAGGAGAGAGUACUGAAUGUGGGUGCAAGUUAUGAUGUGUUCUUUGCUCACCAGUUUUUGUUUAUUUACUUACUAUUACUGGUUGGAAUGAGAUGUUCCCCACAUAUAUCUUCUGUGGUCAGCUUUUAUAUAAUUCUAAAAUGAAAUCAGACACUGAGAUGCCAUCGUAAACUGUACACAAAUUUAUAUGAAUUAACUAGCUAGUAUUUACUAAUAUACUUCCAUACAUAAAAUUUAAUGGAAUUAUAAUUGAAUGCAGCCAUUGCUGUUGAAAUUUACAUAAAAAAUAUGCAUCUUUGCAGAGUCAAAAUUAUGGGAUUUGUAGAAGCUGUUUGUUGAUAUUUGUUGCUUGUUUUGUUGUGGUGUUUUGAAGUUGUAGGCAGAAGAGAAUUGUGCUAAUGGUUUACUGGAUUCCAAGAUGACUGCAGUCCUUCGUGAACUGUGAAAUAAGUGUGGAAGGGUGCAUUCCAGAAUUCAGAACACAUAUUUUUCAGUGUCUUAUUUUUUACUUUGUAUUUCUCAUUUAAUGUGGAUGCAAGUCAGUUCCAUUUCUUACCGCUUGUUUCAUCUUUUCCAACUUGUGUUUAACAGCCCAUACGGUAUAAUACAAUUUCCAAUUUAAUAAAUAAGACUGAAGAGGUCCAUUUAUUUUCAGACCUAAGCACUUCUAAUUGCGUAAUUUUCAUGUUUAUCUCAUUCGGUUGCGAUGUCAUCUUGGGGACAAGCAGUUUUAUCUGACAGAUGCAUAACAGGUUAUGGAGGUGUUUCAUGUCAUUCCUUGUAAAUGAAAUUCCUCAUAAAUAAUGCCUUCAUGAUCACUGUUCUUUGGUAGCAAUGGAUAGGUAAUGUGUGGAAGAAUUAACUGUUGUGUGAUACAACUUGUUCAUGUCUGUCAUAUUUGGUUAAUCAAGGUGUCAGUACAACACUUUACUUCAGUGGUGUCUCAUGUAAUAUAGCUGUUUGGUGUUAUUGUAGAUAUGUGUAUGUAUUUUCAGCCAUGCAGAUGUGUUGAGAAUAUUAAGGGCAGGUAAUUUAUAACUAAAACAUUAAAAUCAUUUUAUCUUUUUUUUAUAUCUGAACAUAUCUUACAUGCUUAAGGCAUUUUAGUUAAAUGAAAAAUCGAAGAAAGUUUGUGUUCAUAUAGUUUAUUUGCUCAAAGCAAGUAUCAUUACUUGAAAAAUACUGUAAUUCAUACAUACCACCUUCUGUUUACUGAGUUUCCAUAAAUUGUGUUUUGGAUUGUAUUUGCCAAUUAUACCUGUCAAUACAUAUUGUAACAAAUGUUGAUACUUGCUUAACCUACGUAAAGAAAUCGUCCUUUCCAUACUUAAAUAGCAAAGCUUGAAAGCAUGAAUUUUCAUAUAUAAAAAGGUGUUAAUUUCAAGAGACAGGGAGAGCUCAAUGAUAAUUCUUAAUGCUUUACUGUUGUUAUAUAUAAACCAAAUGUUUGUUGCAUUUGAUCAAGAACCAGUAUGAUUUGAAACAUAACCUUCAGCCUUUAUGUUGGAAGUCUUGUGUGGUUAGAGUAGGUGUACCUAUAAGAAGGAUAUUUUUAAUUAUCCUUCUCCCUGUACAGACAGACUGAUAAGUACUAAAGUUUUAUUUUAUUACGGUCUGUUAUACUCAAAAGUAGAAAUUUCAUUUCAGUCUGAGCUUAGUGAAUUAGUAACUGUACGUGUACUGUGAAUGUGAUAUUGUUGUGUAAGGUUUAAGGUUCUCACUGCGGUGAAAUUGUUGAUUGUGGUCAGUCUUCAGCACAUAUGACCUGAAGACAGAAUUUGUUAUUCAAAACUACCUACAAGACUGCAUGGUAUCACAUCCUAGAAGGCUAUAAUCAACAUCUUAAUAUUGCCUUAGAAUUGAUUUAUGAUGUAAGGUUGAAAAAACAUACACACAGUUGCAAUAUGUAGAAACUUGAUACAAUAUUCAACAUUUCUGAGCAAGGAAGACACAUCUUGAUAAGAAACAGAGAAUGUGAAUUUUAUGCAUUUAGAGUCUGAAAGAAAGAGGGAUCUUGUUUAUUCAUAACAUAAAAGGUGGAUGUCUAACAUGAAUUAAAUUAAUAUAGUAACAUUAUGACUGGUAAUGACAUAUGUCUAACUAACUUCAUGGAGCAGAGUCCCUCUUGGGAAGCUGAUAGUACUGUCAAGAAAUUUCUCAUCUUCUAUAGAAGGUAUUAUUAAGUCUUAAAACUAGAUGUUUAAUGGUUACCUUGUACUACAUAUUGAUAUUUAAAAAUAACCAACCUGUGAGUUUAAAAAAAACUUAAAAGGGCAGGUAACUUUUUACUGUGUGAAUAGAAACUUGUAGUGGCAUUUUGUCUCUAACUAAGCAUUUCAUGCCAUAUUUAAUGAAGGUCAGAUAUUGUUUAUGAUAAAAAAUAACAAUCUUUAUAUGCUUCCUUGUGUUGAAAUUUGAAUGUGUGUCAUGUAUCAUUUCUUUGAAAAUGUUGGAUGUAUCUUGUGGCAAACUGCUAUAGGAAUGCAGUAUUCCAAGAUAAUUUGAUGUAUACAUGUGGGUCUUAUUUCUGAACAAUUCUUUAAGCUCUUGGAAUGUGCCUAAGAUAAGGUUAACACAUUCUUCAUAUUUUGAGCAACACGUGUAAUAACCAGUUCAAACAGGCUUAUUGGUUUUUUCAAAGUUUCACACUUGUGAAAAUGACUUACAUAUUUAAGGGAACAUUAUGUUUUAUCUAAUAAUCUUGCUUAAAUGACAAAACUGUAUUGUAGGUUGAUUUUAACAAUCUUUAUUAACAUUUAAAUGAUUUAAAAAUGCUAUCUAUAUUGGAUUAUAUUUUAUGUUACUAAAUACCAGUCAUUACUGUGGUUGUUACUACAAAUGCAAUAGAAGGUUGUUUCAUUUAUGGAAAAUACGCAGUACUAUAAAGACAUGGUACAGAUUUGUUACAGUUAUGAUGUAAAUGCAUUUUGUCUUUUGGAAUUUAAUAUGUAUGUACAUAGUGGCUUUUAAAUAUGGGGAACAUAUUAUGUGAACAAAUACAAUGUGUAGGUGUUUUGAAUAUGUGCCUCAUCUGGUUCUAGUCAGUUGUUGAUCCAGAUAACUAAUCAUCAUCACCUCUGUUAAAAGCUGCAUAUCUAUUUAUGAACAGAAUUAAUUCUUUUGAUUUUAUUGUGGAAUAUAAGUUUUGCAGUUUUGUGAAGGAGCACUGUGUUGGGAUUCACUUUAUUAUUAUUAAUUCUCCAUUACAAGUAGAUUUAAUACAAGUACAUGGAUUGCAAAGAUAAUUGAUAAUACAAAACUCAAAAGGAAAAUAAUGUGGCCAAGAAAUAUGAAUAAGAAAGGAAAUGUGAUUUGUAAUGUAAUUAAACAUUUAAGUCUGUGAUUAGCAAAUAGUGACAGACUUCCAUUAUAAUAGUUAUGGUAGAUUUUUUGCAUUUUCUGAAAUUUUUGCUAGUAACAUAAGAAAAACAAAGGUAAAAUGCUUACAGAUUCUGUCACUAUAUGGAAUUCACAUAUUUCCGUUCAGUGAGCAUUAGUGCAGAGAAGAAUAAAAAUGAACAUUGUAUUUCUUAUGAAAGCGUCCAUAGUAAUAAUAUGGCAAAUCAAAAGUCAAUCCAAUUGUGGGACUGAAACUAGAAAUAAGUAAACAGUUGCAUAAUAAGGAGUUGCACUUCAGAAUAGUAGCCAUGCUGGAAGUCAAAGCAUACUUAGUUAUUCCAUUGUCAUAUUCAAAUGGGAAUCAGGUUGUGUAUGUGUGUUCUAUUCCACUGCAACAGUUGAAUUCAAGCAGUUGUGAUUUUGGAGUUGAGAUUAUUUUAUAAUACCUGUAACAUAUAGAUUUAUAUAUUUUUUUUUGGUUUAAAGCAAGAAUACUGUAUGUGAGUAGCAUUGUUAUGUACAUUGGAAUCAGAACACUGUAAAGGAGUGUAGCAUGUUUAUUUGUUGAAAAUAAUAUAUAAAUCUGUCAUUUA